AUGAGGAGAUACGCUGUUUUUGGCCCAUGCUUCCUGGGUCUUUUUUCCAGGGAUUUUGGUUUCUCUUCCAUCCUGUUGUCCCAUCAGAUUGUGAGUGGUGAUCUGUGGUUGGGAAAACAAAGUUUCCGGGACUGACGAUGUGUGUGCCAUGAUGAACCCUACAUGCUCCCUUCCCCUCUGUUUGGAAACCAGGAAGGUACUGGCAGAGGGGUUUCUCCCCAGCCCCAUCCCAAGAGGCUCUGACUCCAGCCUUCUUAGGUCCCUGCCUUUCUCAUUGGCUCUUUCCUUCCCCUGGUUUCCUGGGGACCAGAGCAAGGGAAUAAAGGCAGGGAGUAGUGGGAGGGGGACUGUUUCUGCUGUUGUCUGCCCUCUCCUUUCCUGGUGAGUCCUUCCUUCUCACCUCCUUGCUCAUCCGUAUGGUGGGGCAAGCUGGGCGUUGAGGCCAGUGGGUGACAGGCUGUGGUGACCACCAGCAAGGAAGACCUGGCCUGAUGAGUGGGCAUGUGCUCAGGAGGGAAGGUGGAGCCUGGAAUCGUGGCUGUCAGAGUUUCUGGAGAAGUGGCUCUGGGCACCGAGGUGUGAUCAGAACCGCCAGGAUGCUGUUGCAGACGCCCAGAGUCCCUUCCCUCCGCUGUGGUCCUGGCUGAGUCUCCUGGAGCUGGGGAGAGGCUGAGGUUUUGGGGUGGUAAGAGGUGAAUGACAGAUCCAGUUCAAGAAUCAAAAGGUGGGCUUUGGGCUGAAGGCAAGAGCCAGCUGCCUCCUCCUUCUUGCUCUGGACUCCACACAGAUUUACCUGGCGUCCCCAGGUUCCUUGGGUGUUGUCCCUUUCUUCAAGUCUGGUGGGGAGUGGUUUUCAAGUCUGAGUCAUGGGAGCUCCAGCUGCCGCUUCCCCUGGUGGGCAUGACAAUGCUGAGGGACACAGGGGACCCAUUCAAACCCAACCUCUGGAUCCAGCUUUCAGAGUGAUCCUGGAGAUUUCAACAGUGCCCGCCCGCCCCUGCCCCACUGUUGGUCUGUGUGUGCAGUUCUCAGGGCCAGAGACUGGAGACCAGCUGGACAAGUCGGAUGACCUCUCCCCAGUGUCCUGCUGAGAUAUUAUCUCCCAGUUCCAGCCCCAGCCCCCUCCAAACUCUGGACUCUCUCUUUGCCCUGUCCUCCACUUCUAUAAUGGGACACUCCCCACUAACAGGUGAUUCAGGCACCCAGGCCAUGGAGGGUGAUUAGGGUGAGGGCUGCCUCUGACAAACAAGUGCCCAAGCUAGAUGGGCCAGGGACCCUUCUCAACUCCAUCAUCUGCCUCCAGUUCAUCGUCUGGGGAAGUCCUCUUGUCACCUGCCCCUAGAGCCCUCUUCUAGCAUCUCCUAAGCAGGAGAGUGCGUAGGCUCCUUUGGGGGAUGGUUAGUCUCAUCGUCCCGGCUCUUCCAAGUUUGCCUUGGGUCUUAUUACAACCUUCCCUGGCACAUUUGGGUCCAUUUGUUGGUAGAUUUCUGUCUCAUCCAGGGUUCCAGUUUCUGGUCCUUUAGAGAAAGCCUUGGGGCUGGGCUGGUGAUGGGGAAGCAGAAGGUCCGGCUUCCAGAGGAUGGUGAUCCUCUCCUCCCCCUCCACCCUCCAGAGCCACACACUGAUGGAGACACCUCUUGAGAAGGCCCUGACCACUAUGGUCACCACUUUCCACAAAUAUUCGGGGAGAGAAGGCAGCAAACUGACCCUGAGCAGGAAGGAACUCAAGGAGCUGAUCAAGAAGGAGCUGUGUCUUGGAGAGAAGAUGAAGGAGAGCAGCAUUGAUGACCUGAUGAAGAGCUUGGACAAGAACCGUGACCAGGAGAUCGACUUCAAGGAGUACUCAGUGUUCCUGACCACUCUGUGCAUGGCCUACAAUGACUUCUUCCUGGAGGACAGCAAGUGACCAGAGCUCAGCCCCUUGCCCGUGGCCUCUGUAGCUCCUCUCACAGACCCUCCGUGGACCCUUGCCCUCCUCUCCCUUCUGGACAGACUCUGCUUCGGCCUUCCCUUCUGGAAGGGGAAAUAAAAAUGUUUGAUUCCAGGCUGGUUUUGAAGAUAUCUU